CUGGCCAGUUACUGGUUUAAAAUCGAGUAAAGUCUAGAUUAUUUCUACUAGGAUAAGGGCCCGAGAUAAAAUCCAUGGAUUUGUGCUACAAUAAUUGAAAAUAUUUAACACUAAGGAGAUAAUUAUUUUUCUUAACUUAAUCAAUUAGUUAACUGAUCAAUCAAAUAUGUUAAUGAGACGUGAUCAUGUUAAUUAUUUGCAAUGGAGUGCAUGUGUGUCAUUAAUUUCCGCGAUAUUGGGAACAAUUUCGCUGUCAACUGAAGGUUGGGUUACUGCGUCAGCAAAAGUCGAUGGAAAUAUUGAAGAUGUCCAAGAAUCGACAAUUAAUUACGGAUUGUUUACUGGGACAUUAAUAAGAAGAAUAUUGGCCAGCCCUAAAUCUUAUGACAUUUAUUUCACUUGUAUUUUCGACGCCAACAUCUGCAUCUGGAGCUGCCAGCAGUUUCUUGGGCUGCGUAAACAGGAGGCCAUUUUUUUGCUCAAAGGAGAAAAGCCGUCAUUUUCUUGUCCCAUAUCCAUAUCCACAAGAUCCAGUUAUAAUUUUACCUCGAAUGGUACACAAACUGAAUUUUUAAGCGCCUCCUUAGCAGCCACUUCAAUAUUUUUUGUCAUACUGACAAUUAUUAUUUUAUAUUGUUCAUUCAUAUUAAUAUUAAUUAAUUGUUUUAUGAGCCCAGCAAUUACAUUUUUUAACAUUACGGGAAUUUAUUUACUGACAAUAUUAGAAUUUGUAAUAAAUUUACUUGCUUUAAUUUUUUACGGAAGUUAUUACAACAAUUGGAUAAAAAAUAAUAUCGGAAUAUUGGAUACUCUAGUCGGUGAUUAUAAAUCUGAAGCGAGCCUAGGAUACUCUUACUGGUAA